AACAGUGACGGGCUUACACCUCUUGACGUGGCCGUACUCUCUGGCAACCGCUCACUCACCAAGGUGCUCAUAGCCUUCGGUGCCCAUGAGGGGAACAAGUUUGGAAGUCCUGAGAAGCUGCUCGCCCACUUGCGCCAGCUGGCAUGUGAGGCGGAAAGGAGAGUGGGGGAGCUUGGAGGAGGUGGAGGGGAGGAGGGGCCGCGCUCUGCCCCUCCAUACAGCGGUCCUACCGCCCCCGCUGCCGAUAAAACCCUGGCCCUCUGGGAGCGCAGGAGCAAGGGUCUCAACAAGAUGAUCAUCGGGUUUGAGCAAGCUCGACCACCCGAUGAACCGUUUCUGGUAGCUGUAGACGUAACCGGCACCAACUCAGUAACUGUGCGGUUCCAGGAACCGGACAACUCAGACAGUCCUCCCUGCACCAAGUUUAGAGUGGAGUGGAGUUCAGAACCAGACUUUCGUACUGUCUCCGGUCACCGUGAAAUUUUGGAUAUGAAGCAGAUGGAGGUGACAGUGGACGGACUAACUCACGGGCAGUGUUACUACUUCCGGGCGGCAUGUGGGAACAUUAGGGGAUAUUCCCAGUUCCGGGCAAGUCAGCCUGAUUGUGUCAUUCCCUCCAGUUGGCGAGAUGUGACAGGCAGAGAGGAGCGUCUGCCACCUGCCGGUUUGGCACUACUGGAUCGACUGUUUGCAGAGGUGCGUAGUGGUAGGCCUGACCUGAAGGGACUAGGAGACCCUGGACCAGGUGAAACGCCUGUGGGACAGAGGCGCAAGAAGACAACGAUCAAACAGCUCUUCACUGCAGCAAGCAAGUUCCAGAAACACCUCAGAAGAGGUGUCUUCCUCUCCUGCCUGCUUUACCAUGAAGAUAAAGUUUUGGUGACCAAUGAAGAUUUCCUACCAGUAAUAGAAGUUGAUGAGACAUAUCCUGGAUCGAUAUACCAUGACUUCCAUUGGUUAUUAAAGCCUUGCAGACUCCGGCAGCAGAUCCCUAAACCUGUAGAGACCCCUUAA